AACCAUUAAAAAUAGUCCUGGACACAACUUUCACUUCUUCCGAUAAUAUUUUUCUUUAUCAUAAAACUACUAAUAGGAAAAUCUAUGAUGAUGCUCGUCGACGUACGCACUUAAAUUUGAUCCCGGGAUCAAACAGCAAAAAUGAUAUCUUAGACGUGUUGUUGUAUAACGAAAGAAGUGAAAUUACAGAAUGUUCUAUUUCUAAUAUUGCCGUUGAAUUUUUUGAUAAUAAUAAAUUAUUUUGGAAAACUCCGGCAAUCGAAUGUGGAUUACUAUCUGGUGUAAUGAGAUCGUACCUUAUCGAAAUUGGCGAUAUUAUUCCUGGCGUAAUUACUAUCGAAGAAUUAAAGACUGCGCAACAGGCAU